GACCAAACUUUCCGUCUUUUCUUACCAAUUCAUCUUCACCUUAUCAAUUCCAAAAGCAACCAAACUUCCCAUCAAGCUAUGGAGGCAACUCCUCUUGCAGUGCCCUUUGUCCAAGUACUAGCAGGUGAGGGACUGACAAGAGUUCCUCAGCGCUAUGUUCGUCCACAAUAUGAGAGACCCAUAUUAUCUACCACUGUUCCUAAUUUACGCCAAGUUCCUAUUAUUGACCUUAGCAAAUUAUUAUCCAAAAAUCUCAAGGGACCUGAACUUGAGAGGCUACACCAUGCCUGCAAAGAAUGGGGCUUCUUUCAGCUGAUUAACCAUGGAGUGAGCACUUCAUUGCUGGAAAACGUGAAGAGAGGUGUUCGUGAAUUCUUCAAUCUUCCAAUGGAAGAGAAGAUGAAAUUUCAGCAGAGACAAGGAGAAACGGAAGGGUAUGGUCAGCUCUUAGUGUUUUCUGAGGAUCAAAAACUUGAGUGGGGAGAUAUGCUUUACAUGUUAACAUUGCCACCAGAAAUGAGAAAACCCCACUUACUCCCCAACUUACCAUUCAGAAAUGAUUUAGAGGCCUAUUAUGCAGAGAUGAAAAAAGUUAGUAUGCAGAUCCUUGAGCUAAUGGCAAAUGCCCUCUCUAUAGACACCAAGGAAAUGACAGAGUUAUUUGCUGCAGGGACUCAAAAGACAAGGUUUAAUUAUUAUCCUCCAUGUCCUCAACCUGAGCUUGUAAUGGGUCUCAAACCUCAUUCUGAUGCUGGGGGCCUCGCCAUUCUUCUCCAAGCCAAUGAAGUGGAAGGUCUUCAAAUUAAAAAAGAUGGACAGUGGAUUCCUAUUAAACCCCUUCCUAAUGCUUUCAUCAUUAACAUUGGAGACAUGUUAGAGGUGAUAACGAAUGGAAUUUAUCGAAGCAUUGAACACCGAGCAACUGUUAACUCUGAGAUGGAGAGGAUAUCCAUAGCCACGUUUAACAAUCCCAUUACAGAGUCAACUUUAGGUCCAUUACCAAGCUUAAUCACUCCAACAACACCAGCAGCGUUCAGAACAAUUAAUUUUGCAGAAUAUUUAAGAGGAUACUUUUCUAGAGAACUUCGUGGAAAAUCAUACCUUGAUAGCAUAAGGAUUGAAAAUGGGAAAGAAAAUAACUCUUAGAAAAAUUCCAUAUAAGGUGCAAAAGCUUCUAUGUUUGGCAAUUGACCUCAGCUGAAUUUAAGCGUGCAGUGUGUAAGGACAUGUGUAUAUUGAGAUCAUCUUUAAUGAAGGGUGUUUGUGAGAAGGGUUAGAACUUUUUUUUAUAUGCCAAUGUUAGUUGUUAAUUGUUAGUAAUUUAGUUCUUUCA